AAUACGAUGACCAACAUCACCCUUUCAUUGAUACCCACAACGGACCCUGUGAUGGAAUCCAAUGUGACAGACAUUGACAUCCAGUUCCCAAACAACAGUCUUCCAGAGAAAGAUCAUUUAAAAUGGACUGUGGUAUCCAUCUUCAUUCUUCUUGUUAGUCCUUUUGGAAUGAUGGGGAAUGGAACCAUCAUCUGGAUUCUUGGUUGUUGUUCCAAGAGAAACCAUUUCACCACCUAUAUCCUGAACCUUUGCAUUGCUGACUUUGGCGUGGUUAUGAUUUUAGCUAUAUAUAGCAUAUGUUGUUUUUUAUCUGGGCUCUAUCGUAUUGACUGCCCUUUUAAUCUAAAAAUAGUAUUAUUCUUCCUCUUCCUUUUCACCUUCAGUACAAGCCAAUUUCUACUGGCCGUCAUCAGCAUUGACAGGUGCAUUUGUAUCUUUUUCCCAUUUUGGCAUAAGUGUCACCGGCCGCCAUAUUUGUCCACCAUUUUGUGUGUCGCAAUAUGGAUCCUCACCUUCCUAAUUUCUGCUUUCAAUGUUACUUUUGAGCUGUCCAAUACCUAUUUUCACGUAGUGAACCAUCAGCUGUUCCUGAAUGCUGUGAUUUUCAUGCCAGCCAUGGCUAUCUCCACUAUAGCCAUGUUAAUUAAAGUCUGCUUCAUUUCACCACACCAUAAACGGCGGAAGCUUUUAAGAGCCAUCUUGUUGGCCCUUCUCUUCUUCCUCUUCUUUGCUUUUCCAAUGAAUGUCACUGAACUGUUCUUCAUAGGUCACAUUCCUGUUUCAUCCUACCUUGAUUAUUAUGGUCCCAUCGGUGCAUCUCUUAAUAGUGCUAUUAAUCCUGUCAUCUAUUUCCUGGUAGGAAGAUGUAAGAAGGCUCAAUCUAGGGGGAAAAUAAAGAAAAUGUUAGAGAAGCUUUUCCAGGAAGAGGAAUCCUGUGGGGAAGCAGUUGAAUGUGCCAUCGAAACACAUCUAUGA